AUGGUUAUGCGAGCCAAUCUCAUUACCUGGAACUCAGUCACAUAUGAGCGAAGGCCAGUGCGGAAGCAUCGAUUGGGUCCACCAGAUGUCCAUCCGCAGGAUAUAAAACAAGAAGAAGAUGUUUUAAGUCACAAUCGAUUGGUACGGGGGUAUAUGUUUCCCAUCAAACCGUUCGAACAUGAAUCGCAUGUGGGAGCGUUGCGACAUGAUCGAUACGAGCGCGAUAAGGAGAAAAUCCGACAGGGACAAUUACCCCCAGAAACUUUGAGAGAAAAAGUGGAGCAAAUACAGAGGCUAUUAUUCCGCUCAGCGACAAUGGUUGCCCUGUGUGUCAAACGACGUUAUGAACCAUCAACUAAUUUUGAAAGGGAGCGAAGGAAAGCUAGGGAUGGACCUUUGCUAAACGUGACAUCACUGUCAAUUUUUGCCGGAAAUUUGCGGGAACGGCAUCAAUGGCUAGUUGAUUUAGCGAAAGGAAAGCCUCUCAACAUCUUAGUUAAGAGAAUACCUUUAUUAAACAAACGUAAAGAAGAACUAAUAGAUUUAAUGUGUAGAUAUAAAAUUCCAUUUGAACGCGCAUUGUGGACAAUGAGAGUUACAGCAUCAAUAGCUAACACCCCGCCUUUCCGAACUAAAAAAACACCAUUUGAAGAAUAUAGAGCUUUAUUUACCGUAUACCUAUUUGAUAUGUUAGAAAACUUUUAUAAAAUGAAAAACUAUAAACAAUAUUUCUUUCUAAAAGAACGAUGGAUAUAUGUUAGCAAUUUAACAUUAGAUGCUAUUACGUGUGGAGUAGUUGAACGUCAAGAUAUGACAUUAGAUUCGAUAGAGCUUUUUUGCCAUUUUUUUCUCCGUAGACUAAGUACUAAAACUAUUGAAAACCAGGUUAUCCUUAGAUUUUAUCUUCAAUACUUUGCAAAGUUUGUUAAAUAUCUUCCUAUGAAUGUGGUGCUGAGUCGACGGGUAGCACACAUGCUCUGCUGCAAACUUUCAUUAAUGAGGAAGGAGUUUGUUAAUUUUGAACCAGCUGUACCAGUAUUAACACAAAAGUAUAUAUCAGAGAAUUAUAUGGAUUAUAUUGGUGAAAGCCAAGCUGAUAAUGCAUUUCUCACAGUGGAGGAUUUGAAUACCUUGGCGUUUGACGAGUGCGCGUGCGGCCUUCGAAAACAGAAUUAUCAGACAAUUGUUGGAAUUAUUCAAUUUAUUGCUUCUGAGUGUCCAUCAGCUAUUGUUUGGCAACCCAAGUUUGAACGUCGGAAUUCUAAACGUUCACAUAGCAUGAUGGAGACUGGAAAGUCUCAGUUUAAGCUUUUUGGAAGUCUGCAAAUGGCACAUUCGCCGUUUACAUACUUGCAGGAAAAUUUCAAGGAACUGAUUGCCAAAACCGGAACAGUUAACGCUCGAAAUGCUUCAAUGUUUGAUGUGGUGCUAGAGGAGAUCAAAGAACGCAGCAGGCAUUCAGCAGCAAAGUGGCAUAUUGCGGAAGACCCUUUAGUAGUCUUUACUAAACAAAUCGAGUGCUGUCUCAACAUUUUGAAUACGCUAGACUCCUAUGACAUACUCAAUCCUAACAACAUCUGUCAUAUGGCAAAUAGCAUCUGGAAUUUCGAAAGACAGUUGGGCACUGAGGAACUUGUUCUCCGUAUGAAGAUUAUAAUGCAAUGGGCCGUGACCAUCAAUCGUGAGGGGUCAUAUCGAUCAAUUAUAGCUGCCAUGUUAAUUGCCAAAUAUCUCGAGAGAAAAGAGACGAAAACAUUUAAUGGAUACACUAUGUUAGAUAUGGUAGAAAUCUAUUGGGAAUCUGAAGCUCCAACUCCGGAUUCGCCUAACUAUGAGCUCGAAUUUGAUAAUCUAAUGCUGCUCAUGAAUGAAAUGAUGCGCUUAGAGCUUUUCACUCAUGACACAUUUGUGAAAUCAAUGAUAUCAUUGGCGGAAUGCAACUAUCGCACACCUGUCUUCAAGAACUACGCAUCGUACUUUAAACAAUACAAAAAGAGUUUCGAAGAAGAUCGCGAUAUAAAGAAGGAGAAGAAAGAAAAAGUGGAAAGAGUGGAAAAAGAAGAAAAGGAAGAGGUGGAUGAGAUAGAAUAUGAUGAAAUGAACGAAACGGAUGAUCUCAAUGAAACUGAGGAUAAAAACGAGACGGUUGAAAUCAAAAUGGAACCAGCUAGUGUCAAGGGAGAAGAAGCCACAUAUGACAACGAGAUGGUGAAGGAAGAAGAAGAGGAUGAACAAGACGUGGAUUCCAUUGAUGCUUAUAACCCAGCAUUAUUACCAACAAUGCCGUUGAUCUAUCCAAAACCAGUGCUGAAGUAUGAAAGACCAUUAGUUUGCGAUCCGAAGGCUAUGUGGUAUAAGCAUCGAAUGCUCAUUCAGCUUGCUAUAUCUCCCACCGAACAUGGAAUUGCUGAAGAGACACAGAGAACACUGUUCCUCUAUGGCAUGAACGAGGAGAGAGACAGUAACAAGACUGAACUCAGACGCAUUGCUCGAGAAAUAUGCAAAUUAUGGCAAAAGAAAAUGCAUUAUUGCUUAUAUGAAGUAGAGGAUCAGAUUAAGCUUUCCAAACGCUUCGUUGCUCACCGAGUCUGUGAUAUUCUUAAUAAGUUCAGGAGAAACACAUACCACGAUCAAGUAGUCAUUUGUGGAUGGUGUGCCAAUGAUUUAUCAAAUUGCAUUCGAGAAUUUAUUGAUGGAGAAGUAAAUAUAUUCCCAACUCACGAAUGCAUUGAAUUCAUUUGUACCAUGUACGAGGAAUCAAAAUAUCUGUUUGGAAUCAUAGAAUUCGCAUUAGCUAUAAUCCCCAUGUUACCUGAUGUAGAAAGAACAAUUCGUUCAUUAAGUAAUGAAGUAGCCCCGGGUGCUAUAUCAAGCCAAAUAUGCUUUUCCUUUGUCGGGUAUUUAACUAAGCACUGGUUAUAUUUUCUGUAUAGUGGUUAUGCUAUUCCUAUUUAUAAUGCAAUGUAUAAUGUUGUUUACAAAGCGAUGUUCGUUGAAGGAUAUCCAUGGACUGCAUGGGCAGAGACCGUUGUUCAUUUUCUGAAAGCAAUUAGAAGAUUUCUGAAGACUAGUGUGUCUUUCGAAGAUGAGGGAAUGGAAUUGAAGAGUCCUGCAACACUCCGAAAUCAAAAAUGCCAAUAUGGCUUCGAUUCAGGAAUGGAUGAUAUUAUUGUAUAUAAUUCGUCGUUCAUGCAAGACUUCUUUGAGAGCGAGAACUUGAGAAUAAUCUCAUAUCAUGAUUAUAAAAGCCAUUUGUAUUCAUUUUCCGAAAAACGUAAUCGUUAUUCAUUCGUAAUCAACGCUCUUACUUUCUCAUCGACACUUCAACGUGAUUAUGAUUGCAUAUGUGAUCUUGCAACUUUCUGUGCAAACGUUACUGCUCAAGUUCCUGAAUUGAAAGAUGAAUGGAUUCAAGCUAUUAUCUCUCUUUGCAUGGGUAGCUUGAGCUCUACAUACUAUGAGCUUCGAACAGCCAUUGACUUGAAAUGCUGCGAGACUCAUUAUGGAAUAUCAACGUUUGUUAUGUUGAUGGGAGCCCGUUUCGCAUAUAACGUAAACAAGCUGUGUAAAUCUAUCGUUGCUGUUGUUUUCCCACCCAUCAUGACCAAAGACUGUUGGACAGAUUAUUCCCAGGAUGAUGAUUAUGAAGCAGGACUAUGUCUCUCUUUGCUGAUUUGCUCAAAAUUAUGCGGAAGAAGCGAUGAGCCUUUCAUAAUGUCACCACAUUAUAAUGGUACAACAAGAAAGAUUAAGACCUUGAAUCAAACUUCUGAUGAAAACGUACUUGCUCUUCAACAUUGGACAACAAUGGGAUCAGUGAUCUUUCCGUUACUCAGUAACAUCACUAUUCUACAAGAUGUGUUGCGUUGUCGAUACAAGGACUCUGAAGCUGAUUGGGAUAGUUAUGACAGGAACUACUUACUAACCAAUGAAACGGGAUCGACCAAGUACAGACGUGAAUACCUUAUGAUUAUUCUGAAAACAGUGAUUAUCAAUAUUGCGGAGCAAGAAUGGGUUACAUAUCGAAUGUAUCAGAUUGCUGAAACUCAUAAUAUGAUUGCAUUCAACGAUGAAAGACUGAAAUCAAAUUGCCUCGGACAGCAAUUGCUUCGUUUGGGAAUUCGUAGAGGAAGUGAAAAAGAAAUUAUGAAUCAGUUAACCAUAUGCAACAGCAAUUCCAAGAGAGCCUUGAUUGACAAGCUUCUAAGCGUUAUGAACUUCUGGAAUGUACGAGCUACAAUCUAUGACAUCAAAUUGAUGAUUAAGGAGAUAUCACCUGAAGGGGCACAGAAGCAUCAACAACAGAAUGCGAUUGCAGCUGAUGCUUUGAUGACCGAAUUUGCUAACGCUGUUCGAGAAUUAUUCACAACUGCCAUGAGAGCUAACAUAUCCAUGGCCAACACACCUGUCAGCCAUUUCGAUAGCUCCAAGUUCCGUUUAUCGCAGAUUAACAACUUCUGGCUGCUUCCUAUGUUCAUAAACUUAUGUCCUGAACCGAAGAACGUUCCAACUGCAUUCCAGCCCAUGAAAGUUUCUGGGAAAUUUUUGAAGGCCGCAGCUAGACUGUUAGAGUUUGAUGUUAAUGGAAAGAAGCCAUUCGGAUUCAACAGUGCCUGGUAUCUGCAACAGCCACCAUUUGUCAAUGUCAUCGAGUAUUGCAUUAUAUCAGAUAAAGGAACGCAUGGAGGGGAUAGCAAAGACUUCCUUCUUCAAUCUUUAUUCAGACAGUUAACUGAUGUGUUGAUGAGAAGGAAGGAGGCUCUAUUGUCUGAAGAAACCCUUGAACAGUUCAAAGAUGGAGUAUGUCUCCGUGUACUAUUUGCUGGACGGCUCAUGAAACAUAUUUGUUCUCCACUUCAUGCUGAACCAUGGGCUCUGCUUCUGACUCAUGCUUUGCUCUCUGGAUUUAUUACCAUCAAAAGCGAAGAAAUAAUCUACAACUAUGCCUAUGAUAUGCUCACUACGAUUCUCAUGUGGUGUACUCAAGACGAUUCAGCAAAAACGGUUAACCACAUAGAUACAGAUGCUACUAGAAUACGCUACAUGUUCUAUGCUUCAAUUAUCAAACGUAUAAAGAAAGAAAUUGCUGAUAAAAUGGAGCCAGGACAGAAUGCUGAUUUGCAAGCUCUUCUUCCUAUUCCAAAAGCUGGAGUCAGAACGAUUACCACCGAACCCCAUGGAUCAAGAACUGUGCAAAAUGCUAAUCAAGCUGUUCCAACUGUUAUCAGUAGCGGUGAACCAGUUUUGCAACUAUCCGAGAACAUUCGUAUAUCUGCCUAUGAUAUGGUACCAGGGUAUAUGCCGGAUCCAGGAGCCAAGCCAGGGAACUGGCGUUGGCAAAUGUUCCAGCCUCAUAAAUUUGAUGAAGUUCCUACUAUCAUUCCAAAAAGAGUUUGGAAGAAAACAACUCAUAGUCAUCCUCAUGCUAAGCUGAAACCACCAGUGUACGUGAGUGAUGAAGUACUCGAUUUAUACAUCAAAUCUCCUGAUUUCUUGAAAGAUUCUCGUGGAAGUUAUAGCUCUGAAAAGAGUGAUGAUGAUCUUGAUGAUAAGAUGGAAGUCGAUGAGAAAGUUCCAGAACUUCCUGUACGAAUGGAAAAAGUUGUUGCUAAAGUUUCACCACCUCCAUCUCCUCAAGCUCACAUCAAGCCGAGCGAAGCAUUUGCUCCUCACGUUAACAGUCCCAAAUCGAAACAACCUGAGGCUCAAGCUUCAUCACCAAAAACGAAACUACCAGGUGAAGAAAAAACAUCCGGUGGCAUGAAAUCACCAAAAAUGCCAGAAGAUUUGAAACCCUCAAACACAUCAACCCCAGUUAAAAGUUCGCCACGUGGAAAAACUGAAGAAAGUGACGACGAUCCUUUGCAGUCCGCUGAAGAGAGUGACGAUAUGGAUACCAGUAAUCCUGACUCAUCAUGUAACACACCUGACUCCCUAGAAACUAGUGUAGGAAAGGGUAAAGGAGGUGCUGCUCGUGGCAGAAAAAGACUUGUUGGUGCUGGUGCAGGUGGAGUAGGGCCGAAAAUGAAAAGAAGAUGCAAGCCUUCGGAAAGUCCUUUAUUCGAAAAUAUUCUUUUCUCGGAUGAUCAACCAACAGCUUCUGGUAUAGAUGGAGCGAAGAUUGGGGUUACGAAUGAUUCAGCAUCAAUUUCUAUGAAAGAUAAAAGCAGCGUCUUGAAACAUGAAAAAGCAAGAACAGGAACGCCUGAUGAGAAACCGAUAGAGGCCGCUCCAACCAUCAUGCCCGAUGCCACAUCUUCCCAUCCGCGUUUAUCCAACGAAAGAAUUAACGUACAACAACAUCUUAUCAACCAAGAAACUGUUCCAUUACCCACUCAGCAGUUGACAAAGAAGGGAGAACGAGAUGCUCAUCUCGUGUCAAAGAAGGUUGCUUCAUCAAAAGACGUCUUUCAUAACUUCAUCACGAAGCGACUGGAAACCCGUGAGCAACUAGAACAAGCCGAAUCUACAUCUCGGCCUUCAUCUGCCUGUCACACACCUCCAGUAGCUAAAAAGCCAUUCUCUGACAAGAGCUCUGAAAUGAACGACCCUUCAACAUCAGGUGUAGCAAGUUCCAUACCCCCCGGUUUUCAAUCAAUGGAAGUAGGACAAAAUGUUCCUUCGGAUAAUCCACUUCAUCAAAGACCGCAAUCAAGACCGAGCUCUGGCUUAGAAACCGCAGUUGGACGGAUGAAUACUCCUCCUAAGUACCCUAAUCCUGAAGAAGAGCACAUGCGCCGUGUGACACCUCAGAAAAAUACCCUUUCUGGCAGCAACAUCGGUCCUGAAGGAGGUGCUCAACCUCAUGGUUUCAAUCCAAAUCAGCCGAAUACAUCUAAAGCUGGUCCAUUUGGUCAUCCUGCUCAUGCUCAAAUGCCUCAGCAACCACCACCGCGUAUGAUGAAUGGACCACCAGGAGGAAAUCCAGCUCAACACAAUCAACAUCCGAUGCAGCACCCCAAUCAUCCAUCUCAAGCUGGACCUAACCCCGGAAUGUCUCUCCCUCAAGGUGGACCACCAGGAAGGGCUCCAGCACAACAUCCUAUGUAUGGUGCUCAAAAGGCAGGAGGUCCACAGGCUCAAAUGCAUACUGGCCAACCACAGCCUCAAAUCCAUCAGCAGCCACCACAUUUACAACAACAGGGUUCCCAGAAUAUGCAACAAAGUUCUCAAGCAUCACAUGUGCAGCAGCAUGCUCAAAAUCAACAUCCAAGUUCGCAUCACCCUCAUGGUUCGCAGCCACAGAUGUCCAAGGCAUCGCUUUUGCAACAGCAACAGCAACAGCAACAGCAAGCGCAACAACAAGCUCAGCAGCAAGCUCAGCAGCAAGCGCAACAGCAAGCUCAACAGCAAGCUCAACAGCAAGCGCAACAGCAACAGCAGCAGCAACAAGGACAUAUGCAACAACCAAUCAUGCAAUCCGCACAACAUAUGCAACCUCCUCUCCAACAUGGCCAACAACCUCAUGCUCAACAUCCUCAGCAUUUGCAAUCUUCUCAACAUGGCCAGCCACAGCAUCCACAGCAAGGACAAUCCAGUCAACAUGCCUCCCACAAUCCUCAUGCUCAGCAGGCUCCCGGUAUGCAGUCUCAUGGGCAACAUCCACAAAUGGGACAUACAGGAUCUCAACCUCAAGUGCAUCAACAACAAGGAUCUCAUAUGCCUCCUGGAGCAUCUCAUGGCAGCCAUGCACAGCAAAUGCAACAUGGAUCUCAACCUGGGCAACAUAUGCCUCAUAUGCAAUCGAUGCCACAAGGGCAACAAGGUUCUCAUGCUUCCCAAAUGCAGCCAGGACCAUCUCAUCCAAGCCAUCCAUCACAAAUGCAGUCUUCAUAUUCUAACAAUCCUACUAAUAAUCCUCCUCAUGCUGGUCAUGUGAAUCAUCCUAAUCUACAAUCUCAUAUGUCUUCACAACAUCCAGGGCUUACUCACCCUCAUUCUCAGUCCAAUCAACCUAGUCAACCCCCUCAAUCUCUGAAUAGAUCUAACGUAGAUAAUCAAAUGCAACAACCCGGUAUGUAUAAGCCAGGGGCUAAUCCGAACGCUCAACAUCCUGUUCACCAACAAGCUCAACACCCGCAGAUGAGUCAUAUGCAUCAGCCCCAGCAAACGCAACAUCCAAACCCUUCGCAAGCUGUGAAUGCUCCACAACAGCAAGCUCCUCACCAUCCCAGUUCUGUUCAAUAUAAUGAGCAGUAUUCUCAAAGAUCAAUGCCAAAUGGAAUGCUCCCACCCCAUCCAUCGCAACAACCUCAAAUGUAUGGGAUUCCAAACGGCAAAAUGGGUAUGCCCCACCAAGCUCCUACAUCUCAACAUAGUAAUAUGAAUGCAAUGCACCAGCCAGGUUAUGUGCAUCCCUCUCAACAACAGGGAAUGCAGCCACCUACGAGUGGCGGCUUCCACGAUGUUUAUGGUAAUCAACGACCGCCUAUGCCUAGUGGAGGAAUGCCACCACACCCACCAAUGUACGGCAUGCCUCCAAACGGCAAGAUUCCUCCAGGAUCCAUGCCACCAAACAACGGUAUGGGAAUGGGUUCUCAACCAGGCAUGAAGGUUCGGCAGUUUGGUUACCAGUGA